UUGGGAGUAAAGGUCGUUGUUUGUUGCUUGACUGUGAAGAUGAACGGCGGCCCAUCUGGUUUCCACAAUGCUCCUGUCACCCGCGCCUUCGUUAUUUGCAGCGCUCUCUUCACCGUCUUCUUCGGGAUCCAGGGCCGCUCCUCCAAGCUCGGAUUGUCCUAUCUGGAUAUUUUUGGCAAGUUUCGCCUCUGGAAGUUAAUUGUGUCAGGUUUUGCCUUCUCAUCUACUCCGGAACUCAUGUUUGGACUCUAUCUGCUCUACUACUUCAGGGUCUUUGAGAGACAGAUUGGCUCCAACAAGUAUUCCGUGUUUAUCUUGUACUCUGUGACGGCAUCAUUGCUGUUUGAGAUCCUCGCUAUAGCAUUCCUCAAAGAUCCUGCAGUAAACCUAGUGACAUCGGGACCAUAUGGUCUUAUAUUUGCAUCUUUUGUUCCCUUUUUCUUUGACAUUCCAGUUUCAACACGUUUCCGCGUAUUUGGUGUGCACUUCUCAGACAAGUCUUUUAUCUAUCUAGCAGGCCUUCAGCUUCUUUUAUCAUCUUGGAAGAGAUCGGUCUUGCCAGGGAUGUGUGGCAUCCUUUGUGGCUCCUUGUAUCAUCUGAAUGUCUUCUGUAUCCGCAAAGCAAAGUUCCCUGAACUUAUUGCAUCUUUCUUUUCACGACUUUCGUUGCCAACAAUGGGGAGUCUGCCAGCAGCACCAUCUAGAAAUGUUGCGGGAAGUACACCAUCGUUCACGGCACGGCAAGUGGAGAGAAAUUAUCCCUCUCCCAUGUUGCCUACCUCAGAGCCAACGGAGGAUGCCAUUGCUACCCUUGUUUCUAUGGGUUUUGAUAGAAACUCUGCCAGACAAGCACUAGUGCAAGCCAGAAAUGAUGUCAAUGCGGCCACAAAUAUCCUUUUAGAACCACAGGCCCACUGAACUGUAUUUCUUUGACGAUGAACGUGAAAUGUUUUGAUUGAAUGGAAAUACAGUCUUAACUCAGGUGGCAAAAAUUCAGAGGACUGACUUUGAUGAUGUGCUUUCAGAAAUGCAACGAGGCAUUUACCAUUCUCAAGUGUUUAUUUGCUCUAUAAUACUUGUUUUUGGUUUCUUUUUCCCUUGGUAGGUAUCGUAUUAGGGAUGUAUUCUCCAUUGAUAAGAAAAGUAGGAGGUUGUAGAAUUAUUACAUGACAUCAGAAGCAUGCACAUGUGGUUGAAAGAAAGCUAGAGAUGUACAGUAGCAAUUAUUGCAUUUAGGGUGUUAAAUA